UGCAUCCCACCCUUGAAGCCCAUAGCAAUGAUGAACUGCAGUGUCAUUGGGCUUUCGGGUGAAAGCUUGGACUUAGAUGUCCCAAAGGAGUCGAAGGUGGGUGACCUGAAGCGCCUCGUUGAGGAUCUCUGGGCAGUGCCUCGGAUUUGUCAAAAGUUGCUAUGUGCUGGACACAUCAUGAGCGACGCCUUUCGCUGUGAAGCGUUGCCUGAGAAAGAAUUGCAGCUCGUGGUGUCCACGGAGACUCUUCACAUCGCUUUGCAGUCUGCCUUGGCUGCAGAGGUGCUUGAUCAGCUGCAGAAGUGUGCGAAGGAAUGCCGCGGAGAUGACGGAGUGUGGCCGGCAGUUGAGGCGGAGGUCUGGGAUUGCUUGCAGACAUCACCUGUGGUGGAUGCUGCUGGGGUAGCCAAUUCCGCAGCUGCUGUGCUGGUGGCCGCCGCUUUGGCAGCUUUGACAGCAGAUGGGAUGAUGCAAAUAGCGAGGCCUUUGCGCGGUUGGAAGGUUCCUGCGAACGUGGAAGGCGAUACCAAGCACAUGAUGUAUCUUCGAGGUCGGUUGGAAGACCUGUGCCCUUCGGUGAGAGCGGAAGCGGUCAAAGGAAUCGCCUCUUUGGCACCGUUGGACCAGGGCCUUCUGUUUGCCAUCAGUGGCCACCUCCAUGACAGCAACGUCCUGGUGCGACAGGCCGCAGUGGAAGCCAUUGGCCAAUUCGUCUCCGCCAGUGGCUGUAGCGAGUGCUCCAAGGACAGUGAAUGUGAGAACUUCCCUGAGAAUCUGGAGUUUGCUGGCAUGGCAGUCCUGGCAAGGCUGCAACACCCUCAAGUGUCGGUGCGAAGCUUCGUAGCUGCGGCGGUGGCCCGCGCCGUGGCCGGGGCCGCUGGAGAACUCUGCCAGCGAUGCGGGGCGCGGCGCUGCAGCGCACAGGAAAAGACCUGGGCUCCACAAGCUGCGCAGCUGCUGGGAGCAUGUUUCUUUGAUGCGGCAGCUCCAGUCCAAGGGGUGGCCUUGCAAGCCAUCGCAGAGCUCCCGGGCGAAAAAUUGACAUCGCCAGAACUGCUGGCAUUGAAGGCGCAGGUUUUUGCGUGCCUAUCCCAUUCCGACGCUGGCGUGCGCAUCACCGCAUCACGAGCCAUCACGAAGUUAGUGCCGUUUGGUGACCACGAGGUGGCCGCAGCUUUGCGAAGCUUAGCAAAGCGCGAUACCGACAUCAGCUCUUUGGAUGCCGAGCUGGAUGAGGAAAAGCCGAGAAAAUCCAAUUGGUUAGCUCAGCAACGAAAGCAAACUAAGCUUCCAAAGCUUGAAACUAGCAAGAAUGGUGAUAUGAAGACAGAGGCUCCAGAUGCAGAGAAGCCUUUGGGCAGGAAGAAGGCCAAGCGCAUAGAAAAACUCCAAGCUCAGAAGGCCCGUGAGGCGAACAAAGCGGCGGAUGCGGCCAAGAAGGCCUUCGAUGAAGCCGCUGCGGCGGUGAAGGGCAAAGCCAAGGCCAAAGAGGGUGAACUCUCCAAGGCUGCAACCGAUCUCAUUGAAAAGAUGCGGAAGGGAGGUGCUGGGGACCAACGAUUGCUUGCAGCAGCUGCUGAGCGAAUUGCAGCGGAACCCGAGAAGGAGCUGGACCUCUUUGACAUCUUCUUUCAUUUGCAUCGCGUUGGCGACCAAGAGAUCAAGUACAUGGCCCUGCUUUCUGCUAUCGCAGUCUUCAAAGAUUUAGUUCCAGCAAUGACUGCCGAGACCAAAGGGUCCGCAGUGUCACGCAGAGACCUCUUAGUUCAGCAGCUCUUAGAGGAGCGUCGUCAACGGCUGCAGCAGAAGUUGGCUGCAGGGCCUGUUCAAGAGGAAAGGGAAAGAGAGGAAACAGCGCUGGAGCAUCUGGAGCCGCUAGAAUGCAGCUUCAACAGCUUCAACAGCCAAGAGAAUUUGAGCCCCAAGCGCAAUGUCAGGACUUUUGCUGAAAAGGACUUUCGGCCUAUGGAACCCAGAGAUGAUGGUUUCCUGACCUCGGUCCUGGCGCGUUUGAAGGCUGCUGAGGCUGAACUUCAGCCUCCACCCGUGCCGGAGCCUGUUGCCACUGCCACUGUGCCAAAGGCAGCUCGCCCUCGAUCCGCACCCACCAGGGCAGCCAAGGCUAGGGCAGCCAGAGGCGAGACCGAGAAGAUCGGCACCAAGGUGUCCAAGCCUUCCAACGCCACCCCAACCAAGGCCCAGCCCAGGGAACCACAGAGCGCAAAGAGUGAGAAGCACAGUGCUUCCAGAAGGAACAGCUCUGUGGAGGGAUCUUUCCAGCAACGUUUGCAAAAAUGGCAACUGCAGCAUCAAGCCUCCAAAGAGAAGCAAAUGCAGGCAAAACAGGAAAAAGAGAUGGAAGAACUGGGGGAAUGCACCUUUCAGCCUUCAAUCAACAGCCGCUCCGAUUUUUAUGCUCGCCGCUCGCGGGGUUGCUUUGCAGAAGCACUGCCCGAGCGGUUGUACCAUGAAGCGGACAAGAGGACUAACCUCCGCAACAAGGCGAAAGAGAUCAUGGAGGCAGAUGCUCUUUGCUCCUACACAUUUCAGCCCAAAAUCAAUGAAAACAGCAAAGGCAGCAUUGGUCAACGUGCUCCAUUGCACCUUCGCAUAGAGACUUUGAACAAAAAACGUGAAGAUCGAGUUCGCUCUGCCCAAUUGGCUCAGGAGAAAAGCGCCGAGCACUUUUUUCAACCAAAAAUUUCCAACCGCAGCGAGCGGCUUGUCCAACGGAAGCGUGACAUGCUGUACAGGUCAGCUUCCCAUGGGCAGGUGGAGUGUUUAAAGCAGCUGGGCCCAGUGGAGGAACGGCUCUAUGCCGAAGCUCAGGAGAAAGAGCAGCGCCGUGCUGCACUCCAAGAGUUUCACAACGAGGAAUUGCAGUCUUUCCCGAGUGUAGAUGAUACCUCAAGGAGAAUUUGCAAAGCCUCUGUUUACUUCCAAGGGCCUCAGCAAGACUUCCUCACUCGACAGGAAACCUUUGAGCUGGCCAAACAGAAGCGAAUGGAUGUGCGUGCUCAGCACUUGGAAACUGAAUGCUCCUUUCAGCCCAAGAUCACCGAGACCAGCCGUCAGUUGGUCUGUAACAACGUGGAGCUGCUGGGCGAAACCUUGGACGAACGCAUCCACCGCCUGGCGGUGCGCGAUGCCGAGCGGCGGGAACAGCUGAGACAGGACUUGGAAGAACUGCAUCACAAGGACUACACCUUCAAGCCGGAAAUCAACCCUGUCUCUCAGGUGCUGGCUGCACGCUUGGACAGCUCCAAUGGCGACGCACAUGAACGGCUCUACCGGUCCGGUCUGUCCAAGAGUCAGAGAGACGAUUCCGUCAGAUCUGAUUGCAGUUUCAGGCCCCAACUGGAUCCUCGCAGCUCCAAACGCUUUGCACAUGUAAAGUCGCGUUAUGCGAAGAGGCCAGAUUUGAUGGAAAACAUCCGUCAGGAGCAGGAGAAGAAGGCUGAAUAUUUACUCGAAAGACGGCGUGAGCUGGAGGAAGAGCGAAAUGCAGAUUGCACCUUUACACCUUCGGUCACUGAAGGCUUCCAAGAUAUCCAAAGACCUGUAGCAGUCAGUGGUCUUGAUCGGUUCUUUGAGCUUAAGACCUUGGCAUUGAAGAAGCAGCAGGAGCAGAUGGAGAGGGAGCAGAAGGUUUUCCGACCCGAAAGUGUAGCGCAUCAAGGCCUCAGUGUCACAGUUCCGGAGCCCUUCCAACUCGGGAAGUUCGCAGAUGACCUGAGACAGUGA